GGUUUGGGUGAUGGAGGGUGACUGGCGAGCAGGGCGUGCCUCCAACGUCAAGGCGGUGACUCAGUUUCUGUUGCAAGCCCUCGGCUGCCGGAGUGUCCAGAGGGUUAUAAAAGACUGUCAAAGAGGCGGAGGCAGCACACAGCAGUUGGGAAACCCAGGAAGCCAGAGGAAGGCAAACUGCCUGCACAGAACCUGAAGGCAAGACGUGACUCCGGCUAAGCUGGGAUGCAGACGAAGAUGCUCGCCGUCCUCCUGGUCUCGUGGCUGGCGCUGGCCAGGUCAGCCACCGUGCCGUCCGAAGGUGCUGCAAUAGAGCCCCAAGAGCACAUCGUGCAAGAACCAAUUGACCGUCUGGAAGACUUUCCGCUUCAGACUUUGCUCCAGGAAGAAUUGGACCCUUUUGGGACCCACGUGGAACAACGGGAAGUGUUCGACCUGCCGUUGCUGAUCCACGGGGAGCCGUCUUCCUUCUCCCCCAGAGGGCGAAGGCCCGUCGGCCGCCCGCAUUACACCAGCACCCUGGCCGAUUUCCCCCCGGGCCGCCCCAGCCUCAGCAACAUUGACAACAUCUGCGCAGAAGGGAGGCAGAAGGCGUCCUACAAGCCCUGGAGUCUUCCCCGCACUGGCUUCAGUCACCUCCGCCGCCAGGGGGAUGCCCUCAACAAUCUGGAGGCCAGCCUAAGCCAGUGCUGCCGACUGUCUGAGGACGAGAAGCUAAACUGUAGCCAGGCUGCGUGGUCGGACGCCUUGGAGAACUUCUGCAAGGCCGAAUUCAUGGUGAAGACCAAGCAAUACGUCUGCUGCAAACAGAAGGAGUCCCGCAGGAGUAGCUGCUUCGCCCGGGCGGCCCCUUUCCCAAAUUACGACUACGCCAGCAAGACGAGCGGCUGCGCCCACGGCGACCCGGCUCGGUGCAACCCCGAAGUCCCGGUCGGCUCGGAGAAGCUCCCAGCCCUCUUCUUCCCGCCGGGCAGGCCUUCCGAAGCCAACAUCAAGAACAUUUGCAAGCUGCGCAAAUUCCGGCCCGUUUACUCCGAAGACAGCCUCCCGCAGACGGGCUUCGGCUGGUUCGUGCGCCAGGCCUGGGCCGUGAACCGCCUGGAGAAAGAGUUCAAAAAAUGUUGCCCGAAGGAGGAUGUCCGGUGUGCUCAGAGAGGGUGGGAAAAAGCCCUAACUCAGUACUGCAAGCGGGAAUUUGCAGUGAAGACCCGGCCCCAUUUCUGCUGCCGAGACCUGGAGGACGAGAACAGCUUCGAUUGCUUCGCCAACCUGGCCCCGUUCCCAGCGUACGACAGGGAAAUCCAAGUGGUCAACCUGGCUGAAGUCAACCCUUCGCUCUUGGACCUGCUCUGUGGCCAGUUCUCGCUUCUUUCUAAGCAGAAACACGUCCCGGCCUUGGUACAGAACAUGACGGAGCCCUGUUGCCAACUGAAGGGGGACGAGAGGACACAGUGCGCUCAGCAAGAGAAAUCUCAGUUCAUCACCAUCCUCUGCGACUCCCCGAAAACCUCCUGGAAGGACGCUAAGAAAUGCUGCUCUAAAGCGGAAGACGCCGCCCGCCUCGCCUGCUUCGACUCCAACUACCUGAGCAACGUCACCCUGGCCAGCUUCGCCCAGCCCACCCAGCCCACCGAACCGGCCGAAUGAACCGGAACGGACAGUUCACGUACUGCAAAAAGACACUUAGCGGCUUUCUUGGCCUGUAGACAGACAGAUCUGUAAGUCUUUGCCUUCCGUCCCCAGCACAAGGGGGAGCCUGAUGCCCCAGCUUCACGGACUUUUAUCUCUCUGGCAAUUGCGAUAGACCAAUCCCAGCCGGCUUGUAGGUUCUGAACCCUUCCUCCCGUUCUGUUUGGUUUUGCCUCCCGUGCCUGAAAUGCUGCAAAGCAUCCUGGGAGAAACAGGUGAGGCACCUGGCUACUUGCUCACCUCGCAACUUUUUGCCAUCCCCAGCAAACUGAGUGCCCCACAUCUUGGGGAGAUUUUGGUUCCUUUCUGUCCCCCUCCCCUUUUCCCCCCUAAUUUUUGAGUGCUACACUCUGUUUUGUUCAAAGCCUGGACCACCGAGGGGGCAAAAUCUACUUCUGGAUCUCGGUUAAGUGGACACGGAGCCGGUCUCCGGUGCGUUCAUCUGGCGCCAAUUUAACGCGGACGAGGCCCAGAGGACUGGAAGAGGGGAUUUAUUUCUGAGCCGCUUUGCCGCUGAGCUCGGGAAGCGUGGCGUUGCCCGCAGACCAUAAGGGUGGGGUGGGGUGGUUGUGAAUGAAAAUGACCUGGAGCAGAUGUGGGCCCGAAAGGCAGCAUAUGGCAGGAGAGCUCUUUGGUUGGCACUUUCCUCCGCUGCUGAGCUCCAUUUCUGUGUCUUGGUCGCGGCGGCUCAACCAUCCGUCUCCUUUUGUUCCAAUUGUUUCCAUAUCCUCGUACAGCGUCUGUGUUCACCUCUGUCAGAGGCUCUGGGUUCUAAUAAACCCUUUUGUGGAAGAAUAA